AUGAAGAUAUCUCUACCCCCAUGGCCCCCAUCAAUCUCCAUCACAUCUCUCCUUCUCCUUCUCACAACCCCCAUCCUCGCGCUCUCACCCCGACAAAACGGCUGUACGAACCCCACGAUCCGUAGGGAAUGGAGCAGCGUCAGUCAAGCCCAACGCGAUUCCUACACAAACGCGGUGAUGUGUAUGACCCGGAAACCGUCGAAAAUUCGGUUGAGCACAAGUCGCUUCGACGACUUUACUUGGGUGCAUAGACAAAUGUUCGGUGACAUUCAUAUUAAUGGACCUGAUAUAUUGGCGCAGUUUUUGCCGUGGCAUAGAUACUUCGCGCACAUCUACGAACAAGAACUCCAAGCCUGCGGCUAUCGCGGCUCGAUGUUAUACUGGGACUGGGGCCAAUCCGCAUCCGACCCUUUAAACGCAGCCAUCUUCUCUGACCCAGCCGGUCUGGGUGGCAAUGGUGUUUCCUCUCCAGCAUGUCAAUACAUCCCCGGGAACAGAGUCGCCAGACAAUGCGUCGUUUCCGGUCCGUUUGCUCAACUUCGCCCAGCGUAUUAUCAGGGUAGUACGGUGCCACAUAGUCUGCAUCGAUGUUUCAAUUGUGGAAGUCCGACGAUGUUCAAUGCAUCUUGGACGCAAGCUGUGGUUUUUAAUGUCCUGUUGCAAUCGACGUAUAAUAGAUUUAGCACGGAGUUGUAUAUUGGACCGCAUUUGAGCAUUCAUGAUGCUAUUGGGGGUGACUUUCCGACUACCACGUCGCCGAACGAACCUCUCUUCUGGCCACACCACGUGCAAGUCGAUCGAGUCUGGUGGAUCUGGCAGAACCUCGACCCAGCAAACCGCAUGUUCCAAUAUGAAGGCAAGACGGUCAUCGGGAAUUCGCCACCGACUCGGGCUGUGUUGGCCGAUGUCAUGCAUGUGCUUGGUUUGGCAAGCGAUGCGCCUGUCUCGCAGGUUAUGAAUACGGAGGGGGGCUUUUUGUGUUAUCGAUAUGAUGGGUUGUGA